CAGACAGAACUGCCGUCUGGGAUUUCGGCACCACCCUCUUGAGGACUGAGCCUGUGAGGGAUUUCAACAGAGCAUAAGCUCCAGUAAAGAAUUUCAGCUCCAGCCCCUCAAGAGAAACCCUCACACAAUACUCUUACCUCCUUUUAAACUUAGCAGACAAGAUAAGGGCUGGAGCGGAGGAACUUCAGCACCACUCUUCCUCGGAACAGCGCUGGCUACAGGUUUCAGCACCACACUUUGAGGACAGCUCCAUUUAAGUGCUCGGUAAUGGCUUGGAAUUCUGCUAAGGUGCCCAACUAGUCAGUCAUUUACCAACUAGCCAGUCAACGAACAGCUAGUGAUCAGUAAAUACCAACAUUACCCCCACCCCCAAAGAGCAACCGGUGGUUGAUAGCUUAACAUCCUGCAAGUGUUACAGCUUGGAAAUAGGCGCUGCGUUGAAACUGUCGUUUUAAUCAGCUGCAGGGAAGCGUACACAUGCAAGACAGUCUCAUCUGGACCAUGAACAGCUCUAAGGUUCUCAUUUUCGCGGGAGGGUUUCAACUUUUGGAGGGCGCAGAAUUCACAAUCACUCUACCUGUGGUUUUGGCAUUCCUAUGCUUCAUCGGGUUUGUUGGUAAUAUUUUCCUGACUACUGUACUGGUAAGCGAUUUUAGGAAGGGGAAGAGCUCCAUUGUGAAUUCUUUGGUAAUCAAUCUUUGUGCAGCUGACCUGUUGCUUAUCUUAUUUUGUGUCCCUUUCCGGGCAGUAACUUACUCUAGGCAAUACUGGAAUUUUGGUCGCUUUGCUUGUAAAACGACUGAUUGGUUUCUUCAUUCGUGUCUAGCAGCCAAAAGUUUCACCCUUACGGCUAUCGGGGAGGCAAGGCACAAAUACGUUAUAAAACCACCGAAGUUCAUUACUCUUCACCACAGACGACUCGUAGGUCUCCUCGCCAUAAUCUGGGUCUUCGCUUUCUUGUUACCUGUUCCGCAUUUAGUUUUCAGUGCUUUGGAAGAAGACAAUCGGGGCACUUUUUGCGUUUUUGAGGUGCCUUAUUAUGCAUCCAACUUCAUGAAUGUCUUCAGUAAAAUAUAUCCACUCCUAGCCUAUGUGCUGCCAGUAUCUGUCACUCUGGGCUGCUAUGCAAGAAUCUUCUGCAGGAAUCAACCCAAGAGGAAUAGGGGAGCCAACCCUAGACAGCAAAGCCACAAAGUGACAUUAAUGCUAAUGAGCGUGAGUCUCGCAUUCUCGGUCAUGAUGUUGCCAGAGUGGAUUGCCUGGAUAUGGGCUAGACAUAGCAGUCCUGGUGGCCCACAGCCUCCAGCAGUUCUUGUGAUCCUUGCUCAAGUUAUUCUGUUCCUUAAUAGCACUGUGAACCCGUGUAUUUUUUUCGCUGUCUCUGAGGAAUUCCGAGACGGAUUGUCCAGUCUGUGGGGGGUGCUAACCUGUGCACAUCUCCGAGGUAAGUGGAGUCUUAGAGCCCCGAGGACUGGUGAGAAUGGAGCAGAAAUGGUCACCAGCACAGUUCAGUGCCUCCAAGACGUGGAGACUAUUGCCUCCCCCACUGCCUCUCAAGUCUCUAGAGACAAUACUGGGAAGUUUCUCCCGGAUCUGGAACACUUUUGGAGUAGCAGGGAGACCGGCUCAAAAGCAGAGGACAAUGACCCAACUCCAUGGGAGAGCCAAGAUAAAUAAUAAUUUCAGACUUUCAAGAACAUUCCGAAAUGGUGUCUUUAUACUCACUCCUUUUGCUUCAAGUGUCUUAUUUCUUGUAUUCACUGUUUCCACGCGUUGCCCUGUUGUUGCUAAAUGAAGAAACAUGCCUUGCUGUAUUCAAAUUAUGUUUGUCUUGUGCCGUGUAGCUGGCAGUGCUUUGUGAAUUUUGCCUAAGACUAGGAGUAGCAGGCCAAUAGCCCCGGUGUCUACAUUUAUUACGCUAGAAACUUCACAAAAUGUGCUGAACUUGAGGACUAAACACUUGCCAGCUAAAACCCCGCACUGUCAGAACAAUGAGUAACCUAAGAGCUGCUGCAUGAUACCCAUAGGACUAGCCUUUACAGGAAACGCAUAGGUGAAUCAUCUGUUGGGGUAUUUAGGGGAUGUUUUCUGAUGCACCCGAAUAUUAGAGGGUGAGCGAGUCUGAAGUCUAACUAACACAGCUCAAUGGGCACAACACGCAGAUUAUGUUAUGUGAGUUAAUAUUGCGGGAAAAUACGGGAGCAGUUUGCUUUAAUUGUCAUUGUGCCGGUGGAAUAACCCACCUCUGCAAAGGGUCUUUUAUAAAAUGCUGUGACCUAUAAAUGGUGAGGGGGUGCAGGGUAAAGGUACUUUAACGAUGACUUGCAUUGCUGGAUCUUUAUGAAAAAUUGGGAAUUAUUUGUUUUCCUUACGUACUUCUACAUGUGGGUCUGCUGAGAAUAAUAGAAUCAAAUUGCCAAAAUAGGUAACAGCUUCGAAAUGUUAAUUGCCUGUAACAGGAUUACAUCCGCACAGCCUGAAACUUAGAAUAAGGAAAAAAGAUAAUAAUUGUGUAGAGGGGCACUCGUGCCUUGACCUUUGGCAGCAUCGUUUUGCUUGCAAACACGGUGAUUGCUGUAACAGUGGUCACCCGUACCUCUCAACUGCCCAUAUUUUCGCACAAUGUCCUGAUUUUUGCCUCAUAUUUUUGGUCUGUUUUUCAUUAAAUUGUG